AUGACAUUUGUUUCACCCAUAAAUACAAUUACACUCGAUUGUUCAGGCAAUGUAUUACCAAAUGCUAUCUUACUUGCUGAUGUUGAUGCAACUAAAACUAAUAAAUUAUUAGUUGGUACUCAAGAAGGUGAAUUACUUAUAUUUAAAGCUAUGAGAAAUCAAAAUGAUGCACAAUUAUGGCGUCGAGCACAUGGACUUGGAUUUAUAACAGCUGUUACUGUUGGUUCUCUUAUAACAAAUGCUAAUGAACUUCGACCAAUAAUUUGUGUAGCAAAUGCUGAAGGAACAAUUCAUUUAUUUGCUGUACGGCAAAAUGUACAAAGAAAUCGUGUACGUAGUGCAGGUGGUGGUACUUUCAGUGGUAAUACUCGAAAUGAUUCAAAAUUACAAUUACAUGGAUCACCAAUAAUAUUAAAUGAUGAUGAACAACAACAACAACUUCAAGUAGUAUAUAGUCAACAACUUAUUUGUAAUCCAAAAGUAUUACUUAUUCAAGAUUUUAAUGAAAAUGAAAAACAAUUAAUAAUUAGUUAUUCAGAUAGAACAAUUCGUAUAUUUAUUUCAAUGAUUAUAGAAGAAUAUGAUGGUCGAUUAUCUGGUCGAUUUACAUUAAAACAUGUUUUUCAUGUUGCUGAUCAAAUUCAUACAUUAAAUUCUAAACGAAUAUCAAAUAAAGAUUAUGAACUUAUUGUUUCACAACCAGGUGGAAAUCUUCUUCGAUUCAAUCCUAAUGAAGAAAAUAGUCGAAUCACAGCAACAGAUAUAUGUGGUCAUACAUCAACAGGAUGGACAGAAGCAAUAGCAGUUGAUAAAUUUUUUGAUGAAACUAUUUAUGCAACUAUAUGUCAAGAUCAUAUUGAUAUAUUUUCUGGUCAACUGAAUAAAAUAAUUAAUACAAUUUCAUUAAAUGUACCAACUGGUCAUCUAUGCGGUCUUCGAAAAGGACCUGUUACAAAAGAUAAUUAUAAUCAAUUAGUAGCAAUAUCAUCUGUUGAUGGUGAUACAUUUCUUGUUGAUCGUCAUUCAACUAUAAUUUGUAUUCGACCACCAUUAUCAGCAACUACAAUUGUUGGUAGUGACAAUGAUUCAAUAGGAAAUAGUAAUAUUUUUGAUCAUAUAGAAGCAUUUACAUCAGGUUUAUUUGGUGAUAAUAAUAUGUAUUGUUUUAUUUAUGUUUUAACACAUAAUGAUAAAAUAUUAAUUGUACAUUCAAUUGAAAUAAGUGAUACAAGAACAGCAAAUCUUUUAACAACAAUAACAAAAACAACAUUAGAUGAAAAAUUAAAAGAAGUUGGAACAAUGUCAGAACAAUUAAAAGAUAUUUUACAUCCUCAUUAUUAA